UUAUAUGCUCCUCUUUGGUGUACAAAUCGCCGACGAAGGCGAUGUCUCUAAAGUCUAAUAUCUGUGAAAGAAGCUUCGGAGUUCGGACAGCGUCGUUAUGCCGGACAUUACCGAAGUUACCGACGGCGAUGCAUUGUCGAGCGCGGCCGAGCGUGCUUCCGAUCGUUCUGAUGGCGGUACCGUUGCUUCAGCUAGCAGAAGGUCGACUCGCCUUAGUGAUUCUUUUAUCACUGUUCCUGUAUCGUUACCUGUGGGUACCCUCGUGACAGGAACUACGUUUAAUUUGAUAACCUCUGACCAGUUGCCACAUUUCAAGCCUAUGCUAUGUGUUGAUAACGGAUUUGUGUCGGGAAGUUCAAUAACAGAUGAAAUUAAGAGUACAAUUGGCACAACAUCACCGCUUCUUGAAGAUCAGAAAGAUCAAGAAUGUAAUUCAAAUGACAAUUCGCCAUUGUCAAGUAGCGGCCAGGGUCAAUCAUGGAACGACACGGCAAAUAUGCCCAUACUGCCAGUGCGAUGCAAAAAUACGUCGGCAGAAUUGCAUAAGAACAAACUGGGUUCUGGUGGACGGGGUAAAUGUAUAAAAUACAACGAGUCUUGGUAUACACCUAGUGAAUUUGAAGCUUUAUGCGGAAGGGGGUCUAGCAAAGACUGGAAAAGAUCAAUAAGGUUUGGUGGAAGAAGUAUACAGGCAUUAAUAGCAGAAGGUGUGUUGAAGCCCCAUGCUACCAGCUGUACAUGUGGUGCAUGUUGUGAUGAUCAAACGGCUACAGGACCAGUCAGGCUAUUCAUACCAUACAAAAGGAAAAAACGUGAUGGUGAAGGUGAGCCAAGUGUUGGUAAUAAAAGAAAAAAAGUGAAAUCUGAAAAUGUAGUAGAGGAGCAUGAGGUUGAAAAUCACUCAAGUAAUAGUAAUUCAAAAGAAACUUGGCAGUCAUUAGCUGAUGGUCUUGAAACUAACUCAGAUUAUCACUUGCUAACUGAAACAGACCUUCCUGAAGAUACAAUCCCACCUCCGGUUCUAAAGGAAAUAGAUGUGCCAGAUACAGACUUAAAUAGUAUAGUAAAACGACUGGAACAAGUGAGCCAAUCGCUAAUAGUACUUACAAAUGACGUGAGACAAAUGUUUCUAAAACAGACUGGUGAUAUUGUGCAUAGCAGGGCAUCACCAUCUCUUCCUGUUCAUAUGCACGGACAAAUUGAGGCCCAUCAAGCACCACUCCAUGCUUCCGAUGACACGGAUGUAAAAAAGUGUGCUAAUUGCAAUCACGAAGCCAUGUCCGAAUGUUCCUUGUGUAGAAGAACACCAUAUUGUUCCGCUUUUUGCCAGAAAAAGGAUUGGCCUACUCACCAAAUUGAAUGCCUGCGUAAUGUGCCUACUCUUCAAGAGGAUUCUUCACAGAGUGCCAUGAGAUUCCACUCACUCGGUGGCAAUCAUCCACCUUUACCAAUACCACUGACAACAGAUGCUAGAUUGACUCCCAUGUAGAGAAUAGGGACAUAUUAACGAGUAAAAAUACCCACCACACCUACCUUAAUAUCCUAUAUAGGAUAUAUAAUGUACGCAAUGUGAUCUUACAAAAGAUUUACGCCGCUGCAUACAAUUCCCCGAAAAUUGUAUUUCGAGCGGAAAAUAUAUUGAUUCGUAACAAAAAACUACUCUAGCACACAAUAAUUUUACAUAGACAAGUGGGUAUCGCGGCUAGUGCUGUGGUGUCGGAGGAAACUGGACACUGCCAGGGUAACAAACUUACUCUAGCGUGGACACAAAUGAAAAGAGAUAAACCUAACUAACCUCCUUCAUAGGCCCAGAACCCUUAUGUGGUGCCAGGGAGUCUCUUAUUCGCAAAUUCUUAAGAAAUUAAGACAACUUUGAAACAAUUGGUCAUUGGAACUCGUUGCUAUUUAACCUCUCUAUAUCUGAUAUGCAAACAUGUCCCCCGCGUCCGCAGAAGCCACCUGUUAAGCUGUUUUGGCGCCAGACCCGACGCCGGCCACUUGAGACGCUAUAUCCACUUGUAUUUACAAUUGUCGAGGAAUUAUUAUGCGGUUUAUGUUAUGGGUUGCUAGAUAAACAAGCUUGGUUAUGAUAAACAAAAAACGUGACUUAUAAUAGAUUCGUGCUGUGAUAUCGCUGCUAUUUUAAAGUUGGACGAAAAAUUGUGACUAUUUUGAUAAGCGCGUCAAAAUAAAAAUAUUGCAAUUGAAUUCUUUGUAUAAUUUUUACUAUAGUGGACACGUUAUAAUAUGAUAUUAUUAUAUCUUCAUCUAUCAAAAAAAUAUUUUUUUUAGUCUAAAAAAAACUUUCACAAAAUAAUGUUCCCGCUGUAUGCUAGACAAAAUAAGGCUAAAGCCAAAUAAAUACUAAUAUAUUUGUCUUCAAAAGCGUUGCGCAGUACACCAGCUACGCAGCAACGCAGAGCCUUUUUUUUAGGAAAUUUUCGGGGAUUUAAUGCUCUGUGAACGGCUCGAUCACCUGGCGUUGCGUAGAGAAGCUUGAUUAUGUGUCUUCUACCGAAUGUAUUACGCCGAAUCCCAACUUCGCACGACACACCUAAAAAUAGAAUAUCAUCCCGACGAUGACAUCCAGGUGAGGCUUCUACGUCCCCAAAAAGUAAUAAGUCUCGCUAUAGAUUUAAACCUAAGUUCCUGGUACCUAAGAGCGUGUGCUCAAGCAUAAAUAGGCAAAUUAAUUAUUAAUAUUAAACAAAAGCAAUUAAUUCCACGGAUUUAAGUGCUUCAACACCAACUAAGGUAUAUUAAGCGGAAUACGUUUAAGACUCGGGUUUAGCUUACUGUUUUUGGAAAUAUCCAAGAGCUUUUUGAUCUAAUUUCUACCGCGGCUAUCAGGGAACUGAAACGAGAUUGAAGUGUCAUGGUCGUUAUGAUAGACAUCUUCAAAAAAAAAUCUUCCCAAAGAGGCUGGCAGAUUGCUGUAGUUUCUACAUAUGCUGUAGAUUUUGCAGUUACUUAAGUACAAUUAUUGUUGUAAGAGUUGCUAUUAUAUGAUCAAAGUUAAUUUAUUGUUUAUUUAUACUAAAAAAUUGAGUCCAACGUGUACCAUGUAUGUAAUGAAGAAUUACUAGUUUAAGUUGUAAGUAUUUUGUUAAGUUCACAUCGGAAUUGAAUUCUUUUAAUAAAAGAAAAAAUUAAGAA